UUAUCAAUGCUUGAAUAAACUUUAAUCUGUCAAAUUUGUUUAUGUGGUUUAUUGUAUUCUCGUUUCACUUUUUUUUUCCUCCCAGUGAAUUUUUACAAUUUUCAUGAUAUGAAAACAAUUAAUAGUUUUUUCCACAAGUAUGUGUGUGUGAUAUAAAAUUAGUGAUUAUUAAAUAUUUUUAUUGCCGAGGAAAACGUAUUUUCCUGUAUACGGAGAUAAAAAAAAAAAAAAAAAAAAAAAAAAAAAAAAAAUUUUACCGGAAGUGCAAAACAAAAAAAUGCAGAGAGAAGAAAAACAGUUAGACGCCUCAUUAGAGGCAACAAUUGCUCGUGUCAAUGAUUUAAAAUCGUCAAUCGCUGGAAUGAUUUUUAAAUUGGAACACGAAUAUGAAACACUUAAUUGGCCCAGUUUUCUUGAUAAUUUUGCCCUCAUUUCCGGCCAUUUGACGAGUUUGACGAAAAUAUUGAGUCAUGAAAAAUCGCCAACAUUGAGGAAUUUAACAGUGCUACCAUUACACUUGAGUCCCGAGAAAGAUGAAGAUUUAAUGCGAAUGACUGAGGGAAGAAUAACAGUAUUCGCUCAUGAUUUAGUGCCUGAUUAUUUGCGAACAAAACCCGAUCCAAAUGUUGAGGCAAAAAUGACAACAUUGGAAACAAAGGCAGCAAAUCUCAGUUAUGAUUCUGCACACAAACAAGUGGCACAAUAUACAAAAGUUAUUGGACAUGUUUGGGAUAUUGCAAAUAAAGCGCGUGAAGAAUGGGAAAGUGAAGCUGGAACGCGUGCAGCACAAGCGCAAACAAGUAGCGCUGCCGAUACUCAUGCUCUUGUUGCCGCAAUUGGAAUGGGAAAAGGUCUUAAGUCGGAUUCGGUGCAAAUGGUUCAACCUGGAGUAUCCCCGGGACCUGGAGGAAUGAUGGUUGGAAGACCUGGUAGUCAAGGCCAACCUGGUGGUCAAGGACCAAUGGGUCAAAUGACAAAAGCUCCGAGUACAAUUAAGACAAACAUCAAAGCAGCCUCGCAAAUUCAUCCUUAUGGGCGGUAGAAAUUUUUUUUUCUUUUUUUUUUUUUUUUACAAUUUUCUUUUCGAGAGAAUUGGGAAAAAUUUCUCCAUCAAUUAUUGAUGAUUCAAUAUUUAAAGAAUUGAUUUUUUUUCAUAUUGUAUCUGUUUUUCUAAUUUAAUUUAAUUGUAAGUAGUUUAAUUUGUAAAUAUGAAAUGUGAAUACUUUUUUUUCUUUUUCUUUUUUUUUGUAAAAUGGAAAAAAAAUUGAGAGUAAGGGGAAAGAGAAAAUAUAUAAUUUCCUUUUUUGCUAUCAACA